UUAAACUUGAUCAUAUGCUUUGAUAAACAACGAAACAUAUUAUAUCAAAAUACACUGUAAAAAUAUUUGUUAACAUAAUGAAAAAUAACUUAUUUUCAUGUCAUGUUACAAUAAUGUCACUUCAUCUGGCGAUAUUCAAAAAAAUUAAAUUUUACUUAAUACCGCAAAGAUAUGUUUUUGUCCUCGAACAACACGCGUACAACAGUGUGAAGUUAGAAGCAAGCCAACAACGUUGACCAAAACUCCAAUAAUAUUGCGUCAGUUUGCGAUUCACUGCAGGAAAGCGUGUUUGUGCCAGUGGUCGGAGUAUUUCCUUUGAUACUCCAGUAUAAUCAGACAUCAUGGCGAAUGCUAAAAAGAAACAAACAAGGGAAGAGAGGUUAGAAAAAAAGCGACAAGCUGAAAAAUUACGCUACCAAAGAAUUAAAAACGAUCCUGUUAAAAAUGCUGAAUUAAAAGAAAAAGAAAAGCAGCAAUAUAAAAAGAAAAAAGAAAAGGGACAAAUUAAAAGCAUAAAUGAUAUGACUAAAAGGGAACAAAGGGCUGUUAGAAAAAUAUGGAGAGAGAAGACUAAAAAGCAUAGAGAUCGCGUAAAGCUACAAUCUACCAUAAACUAUCCAGUAACACCACCUGCGUCUGAUAAUGACGACCAACCUUUAUUUCCACAAAACAAUGUCGUUCUGGCUGCUAAAAGGCGAUCAGAAAUUCAGCGGAAACUACGAAAUCAGCUCGUAAAAAAACAAAAGUAUAAAAUUAAACAGUUACGUCAAAAGGUACACAACUUUCAAAAUAAACUACGGCGCAUCAGAAAGCAGAAAAUGACUCCAAACUCAAAAGUGGCCGAUCUAUUACAGGACAAUAGUAAAGAUAAUGUAGAAAAGGUGAAGAAAAAAUUAUUAUUUAGUGAGGUGAUCCAAAAUCAACUCAAAGAAAAUAUAAAUUUGACAACAAAUGAUAAUGAAAAGAAGAUAUUUAAAAAAGUAUUAAGUGGCAAAAUUGUCAAGAAGUAUAAAGUGUGAACCAAAUUAAUAUGAAACCUAUAAGACAGUCAUCUUGUGCAAAUAAAAGUUUGUUAGAUAUGACACGAAAGAGAAGAAACGAUAAAACGAAUUCAAAGUUAGAGAAAAUAGUCACAGAGUUUUUUGAAGAAGAUUGCAAUAGUAGAUUAUGCCCAGGUAAAAAUGAUUGUAUUACGAAAGGUAAAAUAAAAACACAGAAGAGAUUGUUACAGGACACCAUGAAAAGUCUACACACAAAAUUUAUAAAAACAAAGAAUAUAAAGUUAAGUUACACACUGUUUUGCCGCCUACGACCAUUUUGGGUUGUAACCCCAAACAUUCACCAAAGAGAAACUUGUUUAUGUAUUACUCAUGCAAACACAGAGCUAACCUUGGCUUCCCUAAAACGGGCAAACAUCAUAGACUUUUCAAACUAUCAGAGUAUGCUUAAUUAUUUAUGUUGCGACCGAUACAAUGAAAAAUGUCUCAUGCGAGAAUGUCUUAACUGCAAAAGACGUUCCAUAUGUUAUCAUGAGUUCGACAAUUCUGUUUUGAUCAAAUACUCUUCAUGGCAAUGUAUUGCAGAGGAUAUUUUAGAUACUAAAACCAAGAAAAAACGCAGGGUUCGAAAAUAUAAAAAAAUAACAUUAAACUGUGCUCCAAAAGACAUAGUGAUGAAACUUGAAGAAAACCUUGAUAUUUUUUUAAAGCAUGAAGCAAAUAUAGUGCAUCAAUAUCAAACCAUUAAAAGUCUCAAAGAUAACUUAACUGAAAAAGAUGCUGUGAUUCAUAUGGACUUUUCCGAAAAUUACAAUACAAAAUAUUCUUCAGAAGUUCAAUCGUUCCAUUUUGGUGGUUCACGUACGCAAAUAAGUUUGCAUACUGUGGUCUUAUAUACCCAGGGGGAAAUAAAAUGUUUCGCCACAAUAUCAGAAAACCUAAACCAUAAUGUACCUGUAAUCUGGGCUCAUUUAAAACCCGUCAUGGAACUCCUUCCGACCUCAAUAGAAAACGUUUACUUUUUAAGCGAUGGCCCUGUUACUCAGUACCGUAACAAAGAUAUGUUUUUUUUCUUACUUUGUAAAUUGAAUGAAGCCUAUCCGAAUAUAUGUGAUUUCACCUGGAACUAUCAUGAAGCCGGUCAUGGUAAAGGAGCUCCAGAUGGUAUCGGAGGGACAUGUAAACGAACCGCUGACAAAAUUGUAGCUUUAGGAACUGACAUUGCUUCGAUUGACGACUUUGCUACGGAAUUAAACAAGUAUUGUCCCGGCAUUCAAAUUUUUGUGAUAACUGAACAAGAAAUUGAUUUUCAAAAAAAGAUAAUGGAAGAUAACCGAUCAAACAUCAAACCUUUUACUGGUACACUAAAAGUACAUCAAGUACGAGGCAGCUGUCUGAGCAAUAUGUUGUACAUGAAGAGUCUCAGCUGCUUUUGUAGCAUUUUUUGUCCUCAUUUCCACUUAGGCGACAUAAAAUACCCCCCUAAUGAAAAAACCAAAUUGGAUAUUGAUGCAGUAUAUACUGAUUCUGAGGAUGAUUUGCAAAACAAAAUGGUUGCACAAACAUCUACUCAUCUGAUAAGUACUAUAGACACUACUAUGACUUUCAAGAACGGAGAUUUUGUACUUGUGGAAUACCAUAUUAGUAAUAAAAAAUAUAGAUAUGCUGGCGUAUGUUCGUCAGAUUUUGAUGAAGAAGAAUGAGAGAUCAGGGUUACUUUUUUAAAGAUCUCCAAUGAAGAUGGUACUCUUUUUAGAAUAGAUGACAAUGACAAGUCUGAUGUUAAGUGGGAACAGAUUUUGACCAUACUACCAGUGCCAAACAUACGUAUGAAGGGUAACAGAGUAUUUUACAAGUUUCCCAAGCCAAUUGAUGUAUUUGAAAAGUAAAUUUUUGAUUAUUUAGCAUUUAAGUAAAAAAUGUUUAGUUUUGUGGAAAUUGUUGA